AUGUGGAUAAUACGAAAGUAUCUCCUGAAGUGGUUGAGAGGAGAUUACGUCCCAUUUAUGUUUGCCAAGACUACGUCAUCUCUGUCUGUUAUGAUCCAAACAGCCAUGUUGCCCUUGGUGAACGCUAUGGGUACCAGGUAUCUAAAGGAUAUGGAUACACUAUAUACUGGUGGAGGAGGAAUGGUGUUCAGUAUGCCAGUAGUACAGAGAUUGGUAGACGAGUGUCACUGUUCAUCAAAUGACUCACCAGAUGAUAUGAUUAUAGGAAUGUGUUUACGUAGAUUUGACAUUCCAAUCACGCAUGUGCCAUAUCUACAUCAGGCUCGACCAGAUGAUUAUUCAGAAGGUUACCUCAGCCGCCAUACUCCCGUGUCAUUUCAUAAACACUGGAACUGUGAUCCUAUUAAAAUCUACAAUAUGCUCAAAAGCUAUGAUUUAAAACCUCAGAAGCCAAAACAAGAUUCUACAAGCCAGUCUAGUCAUAACCAUGAAGAACUGUAACAGUAGAUAAUGUGUAUUGUUUCUAUAGUUAUAAAAAGAAGUUUGGGGACCAGUCUGGCAAUGCAGUCAUGCCAUUGGCUAAUUUCAAAAUUUAGCUGAGAUUCAGCCAAUCAGAUGUUGGGAUUUAAAUGUCUGGUAUCCGGUCUUAGUUUUAUGUCCUUGAACCCAGGAGAAGAUCCUUUCUUAACACUGAUCUAUUUUCUGCUAAUGCAAAAGUGAUAUAGCAAAUGCAGAAGUGAUAUCACCUUGUGCAGAACAAGAUCAGUCCCAAAUGAAUAAGCUAAUACAGUCUUUCAUGUAUUAAGCAGUCAGUCAAGAAAGUGACACAGCCUGGCGGCUUAAGACAAGAUUAAGUAAAAGAAAAGUCUAUUUAGGAAGUUGAGUGACUGACCGCUUAAGGCAUGUUGCUGCUAGAUAUAGGUGUCUGCUAAGGUAGGUUUUACUGUAUAUCUUGAGGAAUCUACUAAAAUUGAGAAACUUUGCAUAUAGAAUAAAAGGAUUGUGAUUUGCUGUAUCUUAAUCAAAAGUAUUUUUUCAUUAAUUUUUAUGCCAGGAUAGAGAUAAAUUAUUACAUACUCGUUUCUGUUCCCCAUUAAGUUACAAUGGAAAUGGAAACGUUAAUAUUUAUCCAUACACCGACACCUGAAUUUAACAUCGGUGAGUGACGUAAUUUAUUGUGUUGUUGCAUUAAUUCUUUUUAUUUAGUGCAGUAUUGUCAAUCUUAUUCAGGCUAUGAACAUAUUCAGAAUGUUUACAUUACAUUUAUACAUGUAGAUAUGUAUGUAAUAAAAAGUCUAUUGUUUUUGCAUCGGGGAAAUAUGCACUUAAUCUUUAGCGGAAGAAUAUUGCCCUCCUAAAGUCAAGCAAUAUUUCCAAUGCAGAACUCAUGCAUAUUUCCCCGAUACAAAGCUAAUAACCUAUAAUUAUCAUGGUGUCAAGGGUUUUGUAUCUUUAGAAAGGAUUACUUGGGUAUCAGUCUGCAAAUAAUUUAAUGUUGAAUUUUUUUUUAGAGAAAUGAUGGUGCAGGAAGGGUGGACUUGUCUUGUAUAAUUUGAAAAUGUGUUCACUAUUGUUAAACUUUUUCUCAUGACAUGAAAUUAAUUCAUACUUAUCAAAAGAGCUAUCUUGCCAGAAUUUGUUUAGAAAGGAUGUAUGGUCUUAUUGAUGAAAGUGUUAAUUAUAAGAAAUAAUACCGGUAUGUCAAAAACUGAUUUGCCAUGGAAUUUGCUGGUGUUAUUUGUAAAAUUUAAUUUGCUUUCUCCAUACAGUCCAAAACUUAUGGAAAAAGUCAAAAUUUUUGUAUGUUUAAGUUUUGAGGAAAACAACUUAAAUAUUAGAAUGUGGGGUAGCUAUUUUGAUCAGCAUGAUGACUGUUAUAAAUACAGUAUACUAUUUUCAGUCUAGAAGUCAAUAUAUUGAACUACUGGUGUAAGAUAUCACUUGAAGAUCUGUUCUAGUUUAUAUAUUUAUUAAGCAUGUGGCUAGUACAGCAUCGCAGAUUAAACUGAACUCUUAACAAAGCAA